AUGCUAGCCGGAGCGUUGCUUGAUUCAUGCUCCCAGUAUUGCUUCGUGACAUCCGACUUCUGUCGACGGAUGAAACUCAAGCAAUUUCCGGACUAUUUGUCAGUGAAAGGUAUUGGGGGUUCAGGAAUUGUAUCGAAAAACGCUGUCUGCGGCAUGAUCAGCCCUCGCUUCACCAGCAUCUCAGACUACGAAGAAGUGAUGCAGUUCAACGUCCUCCCGAAACUGACUAUUCCACUCCCGAGUGAAGAGGUCGAAAUUAGCCAGUGGAAUCUACCCGAGGAUAUGGUGUUGGCAGACCCCAACUUCUACCAGACAUUGGAUAUCGACAUGAUAAUCGGCGCAGAACACUACAUGAAUCUGUUAUGCGAAGGAAGGUUCAGGCUAAACGAGGAUGGCCCUACCUUCCAAAACUCCGUUUUUGGAUGGAUCGUGUCCGGGCGUGUAUUCGAUUUCCGGUCUUCCGUUCCCAAAACGUCUACAACGCUGUGUUCAAUAACUGAACUUCAAGAACACCUGACUCGUUUUUGGGAGCUCGAGAGUUGUCACGUCAAGAGCACAUAUUCCGUGGAAGAGUCUACAUGCGAGGAGAUCUUCAAGCAGACCACUGUUCGUGACGACGAUGGACGUUUUGUGGUGUCGCUGCCCAAGAAGGAGCACAUCAUUGAACGCUUGGGAGAUUCAAGGCGUAGCGCUGAGAAACGAUUUGCAAGCUUGGAGAAGCGAUUCGUUACCAAUCCGCAGUUGAAGGAGCUGUAUUGCGAGUUCAUGGAGGAGUAUUUGUCGAUGGGCUACAUGAAGAAGGUACGAGAAGAAGAUCUGUCCGAGUCAGCGUGCUAUUUCCUGCCGCACCAUGCCGUGUUGAAACCGGAUAGCACAACAACGAAACUGCGCGUUGUAUUCGAUGCUUCGUGCAAAACUACAUCGGGAUUCUCACUCAACGAUGGGUUGAUGGUUGGCCCUGUAGUCCAGGAUGAUCUUAUCUCUAUUCACACACGGUUCCGUUUACAUCGCAUCGGAAUGGUAGCAAACGUAGCCAAAAUGUACCGGAUGAUUAAGAUGUUCCUGCUCGAUCAGAAGUUGCACCUGAUUCUGUGGAGGAAAUCCCCGGAUGAUCCAAUCGAGAUUUUCCAACUGACGACCGUUACGUACGGUACAGCAUCGGCUCCUUUUCUAGCGACUCGUUGCUUGGUACAGUUAGCAGAAGAUGGAGAAUCAACACACCCAAUCGCUGUGAACAUUCUGCGGAAAGAUUUCUACGUUGACGAUAUGAUCACUGGGGUAGAUGAUCCUGAGGAAGGAAGAAGGUUAGUCGAGGAAAUGGUCAAUCUGACCAAUUCAGCUGGAUUCCCUUUGCGCAAGUGGAAUUCGAAUAGCGAAGAAGUUCUGAGCGAGCUUCCAUCACAUCUACGAGAUGAACGGGCGGUAUUUGACAUGGAUUCGCCUGCAUCGUCCGCUACCGUCAAAUUUUGGGUCUUUUCUGGAGUCCGACAACCGAUAACUUCUGCUUCACCGUUCCCAAAUGGAAUCCCACCCCAACCGUUACGAAAAGAACCGUCGUCUCUGAUGCGUCCAAAUUAUUCGAUCCUUUGGGUCUUAUAG